GGCCAGGCGACGCGAUGAGACGCGUCCAGCUGAUUGAGCUUAAUGGGCUGUUGUGCGGCCGAUGGAGCGUUUGGCGAUACAGCAUCAUAUUGAGACCCCGUCAACAUAACCAGCCCAAUUCAAAAUGUCACAGCCGCAAUUCCAGAUCACAUCGCAAGAGACGGACCAACUCAAGGUCGCCGUCAACCUUUUACCAUGUGCUGUCCAUCAUGACGGGCCAGUUGAUCCCAUCCAGGCCUACUGGAGACCAACGGAGAACGAUGGGAAGAAGACUGCUUAUUUCCGUGGGCGAAAGCUGCAGGGAAGUACCGUCAAGGUACCUGAAGGGUACAAAGGGGUAGUGGUUGAGACGAGCAAAGGCGGCGCCUCUUCAGAGCCGCAAAUGGCGGAUGAGACUGAGGCCAUCGACGUCGACGCAGCCGAGAAGGAGCCGGACGCCAGUAAGAUGGCCACCAAAGGUGAAUUCGAAGAGGUGGUCGUGUGGAACCACGAAGCGCCGGCAGACGCAUCGACGGAUCCCUACGUCAGGGGCAUCGAGGAAUGGACCUCGCUAUCAGAACAGAUUCAUUCCUACUAGAGAAUGAUCCCAACUUGGCCGAAAGAGGCUCAGGGGCACCAGGUGUCAAGGUGCUGGAUGUUAUGGGUUAGGGUUAGCUUGUCCAGGUGUUUACUUUCGAGCCGAUUGGGAUACUGGCUUUGGGGACUGGGAAACCAUCACAAACGAGCUAGCGUCAAUUAAACCCCUGUUCCUGAAAACGCGA